GCAAUCUCUCAUCUAAGGACUCACCACUCUGAGUAUUGUUCCUCUAAAAAUGGUGAUCGGAGAACUAGCUUGCUUGGCCCCGAACUUCCAGAGUUCUCAGUUGAACUUGCCGGAUAAUUUAACCAUCGCAUUGCCCGUUGAUGGUUUAGCCAUCAACUUAAAUGGCAAUGCCGGUGAUUGUGACUAUCCACCUUCCAUCGAUUCCUCCACCGCUCUCCACCCUUUUCUUUCCAGUGAUCUGACUCCCAUUGAUCUGGAUUCGCUCUGCGAAGAAUUCGACUCUUCUUUUGAUGCUUUUUCCAGUGAUCAUUUCCGCAUCUUCGAGUUUAAGAUCCGCAAAUGCGCGCGUUCCCGGUCACAUGACUGGACGGAGUGUCCGUACGCCCAUCCCGGCGAAAAGGCUCGCCGGAGAGACCCUCGGAAAUAUCACUAUUCCGGCACCUCAUGCCCCGAGUUUCGCAGAGGUAACUGCAAGAAAGGUGACUCGUGCGAGUUUGCUCACGGAGUGUUUGAAUGCUGGCUUCACCCCUCUCGUUACAGAACCCAGUUCUGCAAGGACGGAACAAACUGUCGCCGCCGAGUGUGCUUCUUCGCUCACACUCCGGAACAAUUGCGGUUCCUUGCUAGUGGCUCAGGCGAAUCAUCGGAGGGCUCGCCGAUUUGUCACGCUUCCUUCGUUUCAUCGCCUACAUCAGUUCUCCAGCCUUCGCCGAUCUCUUCAUUGGCCGAGUCUCCGCCCACAUCGCCCGGAAAUCCCCGACACGGCUGGAGUGAAGUAAGCGCCUCAAUGUGUGAUGUACAGGGUGAUAAGUCGCCUUCAACUCGUGCUCCUCAUGUGCGCGGUGCGUUCGGUUCGCCUUAUGGGCAUGGUAUCCAUAUGGGUGUGGUGUUUGGUUCACCCCGCGGUUCGAACCUCCGACCCGGGUUUUUUAGCCUUCCUUCGACUCCGAAUCGUACGGUAACGAAAUCUGGGCUUGAUACUCUGGACGUGUGGGAUAAAAGCCGCCAAGAAGAACCUGCCAUGGAAAGGGUCGAGUCGGGAAGAGAACUGAGAGCCAAAAUGUACGCUAAGCUCUGUAAGGAGAAUUCAUUUGGGCGAAGCGACACACAGCUUUCGGGAAUGUUCUGACAUGAAGAGAUCUGUAUUGAUUAUCUUAAAAUUCUGUGUAUAGUUGGGAAGGAAGUCAAGAAGAGGCUUUUUCCCCCUGUUUCGUGGUUUUUAUUUCGGGGAAAAAAAAACAUUAAGCUUCAACAAUCUCUGUACGAUUGAUUUCUUCGGGCUGCCAAAUAUGUGGGAAGCAUGUUACCGUGUAUCUUUUGUGUGUUCAUAUCUUCAUGUCGGUGAAGAAAUGUAUUCUCUUGCAGGCGAAUACUUUUUUCUUAGAAGUAUGUCGGUGAUGGGGAAUAUAGAUGUCCCAGGAGAAAAUCUUUUGUAUAAAAUGUUGUUGGAUUGAUUGUUUGGAUUCAU